UCUUAGAAAAUAAAAAAAAGCAUUACACGAGUGUCCCCUCCCCCCGCAUGCUAAAGGACUAGUACAGUACUAGCUUGCAGCCGGGUGCUUUGGUUUGCUUUGGUUAGGUGCCGCGCUCCGCUCCGACCGACGAUGCAGCGGUGGCUCCCGGCGCUCCUCCGCCGCGCGGCGCCCGCGGUCUCCGGCGGCGGCGUGGCGCGGCUCUUCGCCUCGUCCUCCCUCCUCUUCGACGACACGCAGGUGCAGUUCAAGGAGAGCGUGCGCAAGUUCGCGCAGGAGGCAAUCGCGCCGCACGCGGCGGCGAUCGACGCGUCCAACCACUUCCCUCGGGAGGUGGACCUGUGGAGGCUCAUGGGGGACUUCAACCUCCACGGCCUCACCGCCCCCGAGGAGUACGGCGGGAUGGGGCUCGGCUACAUGUACCACUGCAUCGCCAUGGAGGAGAUCACCAGGGCCUCCGGCGCCGUCGGACUCUCCUACGGCGCCCACUCCAACCUCUGCAUCAACCAGCUCGUCCGGCACGGCAACCCGGAGCAGAAGCUCAAGUAUCUGCCCAAGCUGAUUAGUGGGGAGCACAUCGGGGCACUGGCGAUGAGUGAACCCAACUCUGGCUCUGAUGUCGUCAGCAUGAAGUGCAAAGCUGAGAAAGUGGACGGCGGCUAUGUUCUUAACGGGAACAAGAUGUGGUGCACCAAUGGGCCGUCUGCUCAGACACUGGUUGUUUAUGCAAAAACAGAUCUGGCUGCAGGAUCAAAAGGAAUAACUGCAUUCAUAAUCGAGAAAGGGAUGCCUGGGUUCAGUACUGCUCAGAAGUUGGACAAACUUGGCAUGAGAGGAAGCGACACAUGUGAGCUUGUUUUUGAGAACUGCUUUGUGCCACGUGAAAAUGUCCUCGGUGAAGAAGGCAAAGGUGUUUAUGUCAUGAUGUCAGGGCUUGAUCUGGAAAGGCUUGUAUUAGCUGGGGGUCCUAUUGGCCUUAUGCAGGCAUGCCUUGAUGUUGUACUUCCAUAUGUUCGCCAGAGGGAGCAAUUCGGCCGUCCAAUUGGUGAAUUUCAGUUCAUACAGGGGAAAAUGGCUGAUAUGUACACCUCAUUGCAGUCGUCAAGAUCAUUUGUAUACUCGGUUGCUAGGGACUGCGAUAAUGGCAAAGUUGACCGCAAGGAUUGUGCAGGAGUAAUUCUCUUUGCUGCUGAAAAUGCAACCCAAGUUGCACUUCAGGCAAUCCAGUGUCUUGGUGGAAAUGGGUACAUAAAUGAGUACCCAACUGGUCGUCUCCUGAGAGAUGCAAAAUUGUUUGAGAUUGGUGCUGGUACUAGUGAGGUAAGAAGAAUGAUAAUUGGCCGUGAGCUCUUCAAAGAGGACUGAAACUUCUAUUUUUGAAGCCAGAUACCAGUGCAUAUUGUUAACUGGAGGAGGUGAGCGAGAUUUAGAUACUUAGCAAAUCACCCCUGUGGUUCAAUAGUUGAUUCCGAGCUAUGCUAGCAUUCUCAUGCUUUUGUAUAACUGCAAACAAAUGUCAAAUAAAGUUUGCUUCCUUGUACUUGCUGCUUGCAGUGGCUCUAUUUUUCUAUCAAUAAAGUUCUUUAUAUGACUCUCUGACUUA